UGUCCCGCCAUAUACGCCAGAUUUCUCAAAGCCGCCGUUUGCCUCGCGCGACAUACUGCAGUGCAGCCGUGACUCCAGAUGAAUUCAGACCAGUGACAGCCCCGGAAAGCGGGCAGGCUGCUGCAGUCAUCACCCGAAGGCUCCUUCCUCAUCACUUGCUUGAUGUUCUUACCCCAAAUCUUGAUUUCGUUUUCUCAAGCCACGGCUUGUCACCCUCAAGCCCGUUGGUUCGUUCAUCACUUGGCUCUGGAGCAACCUGGCAAACCACGGCCGGACCGCUUUGCUUUCUAUGCUUAUUGUGAAACCCGAUUAGUUCGCCCUCAACCUUUCAGGUUUGCUCCGUCUGUUCGGCCGAGGAUUAAAGCGCACAUUGCGGCGAUCUCGAAACAUACUUGGUCGAAGGCGAGGAAAAUCGACCCAUCCCUCGACUCCCCAGCAUCAGCUACCAGUAUGGCGAGCCCGGUCUCUCCGGGGCGAAAUGGACAUCUAGUCGCAUUUGAGGGGCCUUCAGAGCUGGUACUGACUCAGUUACGUCUUUUGCCUGCCUCUCCAAACAUCCUGGUUCUACCGAGUAUUCAACACUACAUGAAAGACAACACCCUGGACCUACCAUUUGAUGCCCGCCAACUCAUCUUUGCAAUCCACAAAGCUGCUCAGGCUCGGCACGCCGAAGCCCUAGAGUUUCUUCGAGCUCCCAUAGCCGCUGCCAACGACAGGCGACUUGUAUUCAUGCAUGGAGGAACGGCUGGGGCCCACGUUACCUGUCUCUCCGCCAUCAUGGAACACCAAACAGGCGGUAACGUUGAAGCAGCAGACCUCAUCUUCAGUCAGCUCGUGAGUACCGGCAUUGCCGGGCUCUUGCCAGAUCAACCGCUGGCUCGCCGGUUGAGUACAUCAAGUUUGGCGGAUGACUUCGGAUCGGAACCGGCUGAGCCGGCGGGAGUAUACCAGGACGAACAAGAUUCAUGGGAGCCAUAUAGCAGUGAUGAAGAUAACCCGCUCGAUAACCCUAUCAUACGUGCGAUGAGAGCCGCGGAUGAACUAUACAAGCAGACCGAGUUCCUACAGCCAGCCAGCCACGACAUAGACCUUACUGUUAAGCUCGUCGACAUUCCGCCGCGCCACGGGAAGAGGCUGGACGCAUCCGUCGUCAAGUCCAUCGAAACACUCCACUCCCAGAAGCCGCCCUCCACUGCUAGUGCCUAUUCUCAGGAUGGCGAGCUGCCGGCAGAAACCGUCGCUGGAUUUUCGGCAGGCAGAUCCUCCGCCGGCGAAACGACUCCCUCACCCACUGCGACCAGACCAUCGCUGGAACUGCGCACUCCAUCGCCGCCGAUACCUCGAAUUGGCCAUCUCGAGCCACUCACCCUGGAAAGACCAAGGACGGCCGACGCGGCUCUAUCACGAGCAAAAGGGAAUGGAAUGACCGGCCUGAUAGAAAUCGGUUGCCAGAGCGAUCACGGAGGCUCAAAACACGGCCCAGGAAGCAUUUCGGGCAUGGAGUUGCUCAAGGAGAGGACUUUCGGAGAUGGAAAAGACUGGGGGUAUCCGCCGAACCCAGGCCCAUCAAGUCCUACCCAGACCGGGGAAGAGCCUUUCGGAGAAGUUUUGCCACUUCUCGAGGACGUCGUUUUCCACUUCUCGACUGAGACAGUAGACGAGUUGCUAGAUCUUGUAUUCGAACGUUUUAGAGACGGCGACUAUCCCGGCCGGCAGUCGCCGCAACACCUUGCAUCGCAACCGAUAGCAACUGGCCCGCAGCAUUUCGUCGCUGGGGACGCUCUGAGAGACGAGAAGUCGCCGUCCGCGGACGGAGAUUCCGGGUGUGGAGGAGCACUAUGGAUACAGCACGGCCUACCAACACCGGGUCACUCACGGGCGCCGUCAGAACUUGUCAGUGCAUCAGAAUCGGACAAGACAUUCUACAGUCUCCAUAUCGGACAAGAGACGGCAAUUUCGGUUCAGAACUUUCUUCGAUCACUUCUUGCUUCCAAUUACCAUGUGCAGGAUCAUGGUCACAAGGCCUCGAGCGCCACGGACCCCGAGACAGUGAGCCUGUGGAAACCUCUUCAGUGCGAUGCCAGUCGGACAGCAGAUGUUGGAGGGGGAAGGAGAGUGGACAUGAUUUUGACUAUUGGCGCCGAGAAGGGCGUAAAUAAGGAUCGCGUGUCAGAACUGACCGAGCACAUUGAAAUGCUAGGGUCAAAGGGCAACGGUCCCUCCCGAAGCGGACGGCUUGACUUGCGAUUUCUCAUUUUCAGCGCCAUGCAGGCUUUUACUGCGCAAAAAUUGACCAAGCAGACGCAGACCAACCCCUUCUCGGACCGAAAUCUGCUCGCUGCGCUUAUCAUCCCCCAUCUCGAGACCUACCUCUCUACCAAUCCGCAUGUUCGCUUCCUUCUCAUCAAAUAUGAAGCCGAGCAUUUCGAAACCAUCUCUGCUCUGCAGAAUCUCAUCGGCACUGAGAUGAUGAAAGUAGUAGGCAUCGUUCAUGGCCAUGGUGCUGCCCCGAUCCGUUCCUCAAUAUCAGCGCCCCAUCCAGCAGCCAGCAGGCCCUCGACCGCUCCCCAGGAUAAGGCCCGCGCACCCAAUCCCGGAGGACUACAUACGUCCAAGGCCCGGUCCAACAAUUCAUGCUCCUUCUCCAUUUCCAAAGCAAGCUUCUUUCUUGCCGCCACAGCUAGCGCCCUAGAAACCGCCGCGUUCAUCGCUGCCAUCCGGGAAAGUCUCAUCUCCAUCUCGGAGUUUUACAUCCCCGACCACCCACUCUAUCAGCACCCCUGGCCGAAACAACAACAGUCACAGAGACCCGCGACCCAGCCCAGCCUCAAGGUUGACGAGCCGAAGCACCAGUACUGGCACCAAAUGAAACUCACGGAUAGCACCGGUUGUGCCUCCCCAUUCCAGCACGAGACCUCCGUAGCCGCAGGCCCGUCCCUGGUGGUAAUUACCCCGCCGUCUUCCCCUGCAGACUGCUUUACCAACAAGAUGACGACAACGACGACGACAACUACCAGCACCGCACAGGACAUCCUCGGGUCGUCAUCCGGGCGUGCCAAGUCGACGUCACCAUCCCCUGCAGCCUGGCUGGCAUCAACGAGCACAUAUCAGAAGACUAUCAGCAAGAAGGGCAUCCCCAUCAGCUCGACUCCCUAUUCCCAAACCUCUGAUCGUCAUUACAACUACCACCAUCGUCAUCAUCCUCAGGUAGAUGGCGCCGUGGGUGGUGAAUAUGGUGACGACGCGGAGGAAGAGGAAGAGGACGACGAAGAAAGACGGCUGAUGCCCAUGUACCUUCGCCGCCAGGCGAGUAAUCGCGAUGGGAAAAAGGCUUUGAAAUGGUUGGGGUUGGUUUAGCUGGCCAGGCCAGAGCUGGUGGCCGGAAGAUGAAGAAAAUUACAAGACGGCAGGAACCAGAUUAUGCCUUGCUUGUUUUGCCGGGUCUAAGACAUCUUCCUUUUUUCCCCCUUUCUCUUUCCCCCUUUUUCCCGUUCCCGUCUUCCCCCUCAAGGAAGGGUCAAAGGCAAAUGGGCUCCCACGAGUCACAUUUGUUGAUCUGGUAUGCCCGGCUUAGACAGGCCGGGCAAGACGACGAUUUCAAGCGAAAGCGGUAGGGGGUGCUGGCGUUUGCGUUCUUGUUCAUGAUACCAUACCAUGCUACACGUAUAUACCAUUUCAUAUCAUAUCAGUUCCGUGGAGCCAAAACGUGCUGUUCUAAAGAACUUGAACGCCUGCAUCAGUCUUGGGAGCCAAGCAAGUCAGCUCAGAGGGGUCAG